AUGCUGGACGUGGACAGCAUUGUCGGCGUGAAUGUAUCCAGCAGCAUGGCCGGAGCUUGCGUCCAGGCAUUUGUUCGCCUAGAUUGCCGGAAGUUGGACGGUGAGAAGUUAAAGAAAUACUUUCACGAACCAAAACUGAUUGUUGUAGGUUCUAGUGCAACGAGUUCAGUAACCUCGCGCUCCGGUAGAAGCGGCACUGAGCCUCCUCCUCCUCAUCCCCAUCCGCACCCUCAGGCGCUCCUGAACCACUCCACAGGCAUCCCGGUAGGUUUGCUGAGGAUCUCCACAUCUCCUGACGGGAGCCAUAGCAUUGCCUCGGGUCGCAGUCGCUCUCGCAGCUCCAGUUUUUGUGCUUCUCUUGCGCGUACUGGAGGAUUUGGUGAACUUGAAACUAGUGGAACACCAGUGGAUCCCAUUGUCGUCCAGUACCUUCCAAACCUUGAGCACUCCACUAAUUGGGAACUUCAGUCUGGAUCUGCGCGCCAUAACACCAAUUCGCAAGCGAGUGCCGGCAACCAAACUGCACAAAUUUCCUCUACUGCGGCCUCUUUGCUUACUCAGCUGUCAGGACAGCUACAGCAACUGAGUUCUUCCAAUGCAACAGCGCCGUUGAAGCGUCCACCAAGUACUGACAGUCACACACAGAAGGAGUUAGGAGAAUUUAACCUACCUGCCCCCCCUUCCCCUGAUAUGCUAGAUGUUCGCUAG